GUAUUGAAUACAAGAAGCUCUCGAGUCAUAUGAUCGAUUCGUGACUACCAUCAGCCUCAAAUCGCUCGGCCCAUCGUCUUCACAGAGUGCAAAGAUGGCCAGCCAGACCCAGGGUAUCCAGCAGCUGCUGGCAGCUGAGAAAAAAGCUGCGGAUAAGGUGACAGAAGCCAGAAAACGUAAAGCUCGCAGGUUGAAGCAGGCCAAGGAAGAAGCCCAGGAGGAGAUUGAGAAGUACAGGCAAGAGCGAGAGAGGCAGUUCAGAGAGUUCGAAGCCAAGCACAUGGGCUCCAAGGAAGACGUGGCAGCACGCAUUGAUGCAGAUACUAAAAUCAAGAUCGAAGAAAUGAACAAAGGUGUGGCUGGCCACAAAGAUAAGGUGAUACAAGAGAUUCUGCAGUUGGUGUGCAACAUAAAGCCAGAAUUGCACAAAAAUUACCAGAUCGAAGCCUAAACCACGAAAAGCCUCCUAACCUAUUACUAAAUAAACCUAACUAUCUACAAAUUAUCAUAAUACUAUAUGUAAAUUCAUACAGCCUCUCAUACCCCAGAGGAUAUUAAUUCGUUGAUCUAUUGUAUUUGCAAAGUAAAUACCAUGAAAUGUUAUCGAAUUGUACACUUAUUAGUCUAGUCGGUAAAACUCAAA